UUAACCCCGCCCUUCCUGCUGCCUUUCCCUUUUUUUGGAGUCCCCUCGCAGAGGCUGAAGAGCCGCUGCCGUUGUUGUCGCCGCAGCUUCCUCCUCUCUGCCUUUUGCCGUCGCCGCUGUUGCCUCCGCCCCGGGAAAGAGGGAAGCGAAGCGCGUCGUAUGUCCGCUAUCCAGAACCUCCACUCCUUCGACCCCUUUGCUGAUGCAAGUAAGGGUGAUGACUUACUUCCUGCUGGGACUGAAGACUACAUCCAUAUAAGGAUCCAGCAGAGGAACGGCAGAAAAACCCUCACCACAGUCCAGGGCAUUGCCGAUGAUUAUGAUAAAAAGAAACUGGUGAAGGCCUUCAAGAAGAAGUUUGCCUGCAAUGGUACUGUGAUUGAGCACCCAGAGUAUGGAGAAGUGAUUCAGCUUCAAGGAGACCAGCGGAAGAACAUAUGUCAGUUCCUCAUUGAGAUUGGACUGGCUAAAGACGACCAGCUGAAAGUCCAUGGGUUUUAAGUGCCUGUGGGUCACCAGAGUUGUAAGGGAGAACACUUCCCUGCAAUGAGAAAUUCCUUGUGUCCUGCAUCACUAGUUUAAAACAAGUCAGCUUGCAUAAUGUAAUCACGUCAGGUUCCCUUCAGUCUGGACUAGUGUAACUUAGCAAUGUAAUAAACUGACAAGAGCCCAUGUUGUCGUCUUGCUGUCCCUCAUUUAAAGCAGGCCCAGUUUUUGGGGAGUCGGGUCAGAAGCUUAUUCUACACCGAUGCUACUGAUAAAAUGCUUUGGAUGUUCUAACUGUGUUGGGGACUUACCUAAAAUUUUCAGACUGCCUUCUGUGACAUAGAAAUUGAGGCUAAUAACUAGAGGUUCCUCUCCGGAAUGAACUGUUAUACUAAGUGGCAGAAGGCAGGGAUUGGGUCUGAAUUACCUUUGUAUAUCUGAAGGAAUCUCUCUUCAAAAGUAUUGGGGAUGUGGAAAUCAAACUCCCUUCAGGACUGGCACUGAUGUUACUAAACCCAGGCAUAGCAGUAGUGGGCUCAGUCUGUGGCUUAAAGGGAGCAGUUUUAAAGUGAGAUGUCUUUGAGAAGAGCUUCUUUAGCAACUAAUGACCCUGUGGAGCAACAGAUUUCUUGGUUUGAGUCCUGAUGUUCUGUGUAAUGUAUUUAAACACUUAUUUAAAUAAAAAGAAUUUUCAGAAA